UUCCAUGAUUCAUGAUCCACAUCAGGCCCACCACUGAUAGCAUCAGCCCUAGAGAUUGUCAGAACUGCUCCUUGGUUUCUUCGCCUUGCUCGUCUUCACACAUACGAACUGGAGUUCGAACGUGACGAGCGACAGAUCUCCCACGAUGCGGAACCGCGGUGCCGGUCCUGACGGAGAACCGUUGGUCUCCUCCAAUGACGGCGCGGAGGAGAUGACGCUGUCCGGCGAGCCGGUUGCCGGCCGUUACAAGAAAGGCGCGCCGCUGAGCGACGCGGAGUUUCUGGCGGUGCACGGCAAGACGAGAGCGCAGAUCGCGGAGGAGAGGCGGCUCGUGGAGGCGCAGGGGAUGGAGAUUAACUACCUGGUGCCGCCGCGAUCGACGAAGCUGUCGGACGUGGUGGCAGUUUUCAUCGCGCACAUGUUGCCGUUCACUUUGGCCCCCUUCAUCCUCACCAUAGUCGUCGUGUACACCUCGUACAUAUUGCUGGGGUGGCUGGGCCCGCUCAUCUCGUUCCUCGUGCUCUUCUACCUCACCGUCUGCCCGCGCCACUACGACCCCAACACGCGCCGCAAGUACCAGGAGCUGUACCUGAAGAUGGCGCGGUACAUGGUAUCAGUGCGCAUGGUGACGCCCAAGGACCCCAUCCCGGACGGGCCGUACAUCUUCGCCUUCCACCCGCACGGCCGCAUGUUCUACUCCACCUCGCUCAUCAUCCAGAGCCACGAGCUCUGGCGGAAACACUUCUGCCCCAAAGGCGAGUUCUUCGGGUCAGCAGCGGGCAGCUUCUUCGUGGUGCCCAUAGUGCGCAACAUCCUCAACAACCUGGGGCUCGUGUCCGUGGACAAGCACGCCAUUGUCUCCACGCUCAGGAACAAGGACCAUGUGACCAUAACGAUCGGAGGGGUGAAGGAGAUCUGCCUGGGCACCAGCCCCAAGUAUGACAAGCUCUACCUCAUGCGGAGGAAGGGGUUCAUCAAGGUGGCCAUGGAUGAGAAGGUGGGCAUCGUGCCCAUCUACAACUUCAACGAGAACCAGAUCUUCAAGCCGGAGCCGCACUGGUUCCUGGCGUUUUGGGAGUGGGUGAACAACUAUGUGGGCUUGGGCGUGCCGGGCAUGCGCGGCUACCUGCACCUGCCCAUGCCCUUGCGCAAGGAGCUGCUGUUCGUGGUGGGCAAGCCGCUGUUCGCCAGGGAGGGCGAGACGGUGGACGACUUCCAUGCGCGCUACGUGGCCGCGGUAAAGCAGCUCUUCGACACCUACGCGCCCAUCUCGCCAGACCCCUCCCACAAGCUCAUCAUCACAUAGCCAUGUCUUGUGGUUGUAAUCCGACUAGGUAGUCCUGUGAUGCCGACUAGGUAGCCAUGUUUGCAGUGCGUUAUAAGCACACAGCCGUAGCUGCAACAGCUUGGCAAUGUACCGAUCAAGGCAUUGCUGCUGCUGGGUGUGUCAGUUUCACACGUAUGGUAUGCCCUGUAUGAGGGCAGGAGCAUUAGAGUAGUGGGGUUAGCACCCGGAUAAAGUGGUUAUAUGAGAACUAGAGUAGGGUGUGUUUGUGUGUGUGGUGUGUGCCUAGGUCGCAUUGGGUGCACAUAACACCUAGCUAACACCUCUCACUGCUGUGCUGACUGCUGCCUGAUGAUUUGCCUGCCUCGGAUGCAUGUGAUGAAACAUUUCUCACAUUUAUG